AUGUAUACUUUUAUUGUUAUACAACUUCUUCUAUUCAAUAGUAUCUGUGCAAUAUCUUUCUUUAAAACUAAAAAAGAAGUUAAAAAAGAUCUUGGUACUGUAAUUGGUAUUGAUCUGGGUACAACAUAUUCGUGUGUGGGUAUUUAUAAAAAUUGUCAUGUAGAAAUCAUCGAAAAUGAUCAAGGUAGUCGAAUAACACCAUCUUUUGUUGGUUUUACAUCGAAUGGCGAACGAUUAGUCGGUGAUGCUGCUAAAAAUCUACUUACAACGAAUCCUGAAAGUACAAUAUUUCAUAUGAAACGAUUGAUCGGUCGCCAAUUCGAUGAUCCAAUGGUAACACAUGAUAUAAAGAUGUUUCCAUUUAAAGUCAUCGAAAAAAAUGGAAAACCAUUUGUACAAGUAUAUACAGGUCUUGAAGAAAAGUUAUUUACACCCGAAGAAAUUUCUGCAAUGGUACUUAGUAGAAUGCGUCAGAUUGCUGAAAGAUAUCUCGGACAGAAUGUAACAAAUGCAGUUGUUACAGUACCCGCUUAUUUUAAUGAUGCACAACGACAAGCAACGAAAAAUGCUGGCACAAUAGCCGGUUUAAACAUACUCAGAAUUAUUAAUGAGCCAACAGCAGCAGCGAUUGCGUAUGGAUUAGACAAUUUAAAUAAGAAGGACGGCGUUAAAAAUAUUCUUGUAUAUGAUUUGGGUGGUGGUACAUUCGAUGUUUCGGUUUUAGCACUUGAUAAUGGUGUAUUCGAAGUACUUGCUACCAAUGGUGAUACACAUUUAGGUGGUGAAGAUUUCGAUACACGUGUUAUGGAUUAUUUUAUAAAAUUAUUUAAAAAAAAAUCCGGUCAUGAUAUAGGUAAAAAUAUUCGUUCUAUAGAAAAACUGCGACGUGAAGUGGAGAAGGCUAAACGAAUUUUAUCAUCAGAACAUGAAACACGAAUUGAAAUUGAAUCAUUUGUUCACAAUCAAGACUUUAAUGAAAAAUUGACACGUGCUAAAUUCGAAGAGCUCAAUAUAGAUCUUUUUCGUUCGACGAUGGCACCCGUUCGGCAAGUGCUGAAAGAUGCUAAAUUAGAAAUAUUUGAUAUUGCCGAAGUUCUUCUGGUCGGUGGUUCCACUCGAAUACCAAAAGUACGGCAACUAAUAAAAGAUUAUUUCGACGGUAAAGAGCCAGCGCGUAGUAUCAAUCCAGAUGAAGCUGUCGCCUAUGGCGCAGCUAUUCAAGCAGCUAUACUAUCGGGUGAAGAAUGUACCAGUGACAUUGUUAUAUUGGAUGUGAAUCCAUUGACAUUGGGUAUUGAGACUAAAGGUGGAGUAAUGUCAGAAAUUAUUCCACGAAAUACUCCAAUACCGAUUAUAUAUACGAAGCCCUAUUCAACCACUGAAGAUGAUCAAACUUCCAUGGACAUAAAAGUAUUUGAAGGUGAACGGUCAAUGACAAAAGACAAUCAUUUUUUAGGUCAUUUUGUUCUAUCGGGUAUAACACCCGCACCACGUGGUGAACCACAAAUUGAUGUUACGUUUGAAAUUGAUGUUAAUGGUAUUCUCAAUGUCACUGCUAAAGAUAGAGAUACAGGCAAUAAGAAUAAUAUUGUAAUCAAUGCAGAUAAAAAUCAAUUAUCACAAAAACAAAUAGAUCGAAUGGUUAAAGAUGCACAGAAAUAUAUCUAUGCGUUAAGAAAUCAAUUAAAAACACCAAAUACAUUCCUUGAACGUUUAUCAUCAACCGACAAAACAACACUUGGAAAUGCUAUUGAAAAGGAAAUCGAGUGGUUUGAAUUAAAUCCGCAAGCUUCAAUUGAUGAACUGAAGACGAAUAUUUCAAAUCAACACAAAAUUACCACAACACCAUCAAUUGACAAAUUUUUUAACCAUAAGAAACGUCGAUUAAGUGAAGAUGUACAACAAGAAUGCAUAACAACAAUUAUUCAACAAAAUUUUGAUAUUCUUUCUUCUCCAUUAUUAAGUUCAAAUAUUCACUUGAAUGAAAGCAACAGCGAUGAUUAUGAUGAUAUGAUCGUAUUACGACAAAUACUCGAAAAUAUAUUUGUUCAAUUAGAAAAUGAACAACAUAUUUUUUAUACAAGUUCUAUUAUAGAUAAAAAUAAUCAUUUAAUAUCAACAGAUAAUUCAUCUAUUGAUAUGAUUGAGACUGAAAAUAUAAAUGAUAAUGAUGUUUCAAUGUCAUUAAAUGAUUUACUACAUGAUAUUAUUAGUCCUAAUACAAGUUAUAAAAAUUUAAUUGAUAAUGAAAUGUGUUGUUCAUUGACAUAUAUACCGAUUAAUCGUCCUCCUUGUGUUAAAAUAUCAAUACCAGGUGUACAAUUUAUAACAGAUCAAGAAUUAAAAUUUGUUGAUCAACAACGAUCAUUAUUGAACGAUGAUAUUUGGUUACCAGAUGGUGCUGGUGGUGAAUCAAAGCCAAGUUCAACUUGGUUCACAGCAGCACGAGCAAUCUAG